CUUGCAUCUGUCAUAUCCUUAAAUAUUUAUGUGUAAAUAGUGCAAUUAUAAAUUUUAAAAAAUAAUGGCAUGGGUGAAAUUCUUAAGAAAACCUGGGGGUAACCUAGGAAAAGUUUAUCAGCCUGGCAGUAUAUUGUCCCUGGCCCCCACAAAAGGCUUAUUAAAUGAACCAGGACAAAACAGCUGCUUUCUUAAUAGUGCUGUUCAGGUGUUGUGGCAACUUGACAUAUUUCGGCGGAGUUUGAGAGGCUUAACUGGACAUGUGUGUCAGGGAGACGCUUGCAUAUUUUGUGCUUUAAAGGCGAUUUUUUCACAAUUUCAGCACAGCCGAGAGAAAGCGCUGCCAUCAGAUAACAUGAGACAUGCUCUGGCAGAAAGUUUCAAGGAUGAACAGCGCUUCCAGCUUGGAUUCAUGGAUGAUGCAGCAGAAUGCUUUGAAAAUAUUCUUGAGAGAAUUCAUUUUCACCUAGUGCCAAAUAGUGAAACAGAUAUGUGCACUUCAAAGUCCUGUAUUGCUCAUCAGAAGUUUGCUAUGACACUUUAUGAACAGUGUGUAUGUCGCAGCUGCGGAGCAUCGUCAGACCCGUUGCCUUUUACGGAGUUUGUGCGUUACAUUUCUACCACAGCCCUAUGUAAUGAAGUAGAUAGAAUGAUGGAAAGGCAUGAACGUCUCAAGCCAGAAAUGUUUGCCGAAUUGCUGCAAGCAGCAAAUACUUCUGAUGACUACAGAAAGUGUCCUAGUAAUUGUGGUCAAAAAAUAAAAAUUCGUCGUGUUCUUAUGAAUUGCCCUGAGAUUGUCACAAUUGGUUUAGUCUGGGAUUCAGAACACUCUGACCUGACAGAGGAGGUUAUGCGGAACCUGGCAACGCAACUUUAUCUUCCUGGGCUGUUUUAUAGGGUUACAGAUGAAAAUGCCAAAAAUAGUGAACUUUUUCUUGUGGGAAUGAUUUGCUACACAAGCCGACAUUACUGUGCCUUUGCCUUUCACACCAAGAGCUGCAAGUGGGUGCUGUUCGAUGAUGCUAAUGUAAAAGAGCUUGGAACGAAAUGGAAAGAUGUGGUCUCCAAGUGUAUUCGAUGUCACUUUCAGCCGUUGUUGCUAUUUUAUGCUAACCCAGAUGGCACAGCUGUAUCUCCAGAAGAUGCUCCAAAGCGAAUUAUUCACUGUUCUCAAUACAAAGCAGCAGGAGGAAAUGUGGAUGACCUGGGAUUUGAAAAGCAAUCUGCUCCUAAACCAGACCACAUGAAAGAAAAUGGAGUUGGAGACCCUGCUAAUCAAAAGAGUAGGAAGGAGGCUUCUGCCUAGGAGUGUUUUCAUAUUCAGGCUAGUGGUGGUAGAGGUCCGGCUAAGUUAAAUUACAGUGAUCAAAAGGACAGGCUAAAGGACCUAUCCAGAGAGUGUGCUCAGAAAGCUGCCGAUAUGAAAAGCUUCUCAUCUUUCCGUAAAGAUGCAGACAGAGGACUGAGAAAAGAAUCUGGGAGACAAAGAGAUUUGAUUGUGGAAGAUCGUUCCAGUUUUAAGUCAGGGUCUCCUCCGGCUGGAAAUGGACUUAGACAAUAUCCUGAUCAGCGGAUAUACAGCAGCCAGGGAAGAGGACCAUAUAAGCAUGACAGUGCAGCUCAUCAAGCCAAGCUUUCUGAACAGGUGCUAGGAUCAAACAAAACAGAAGCUUUUCCUGCUGGAGGGAAGGGGAUGGUAAGGAUCCGGACUGAUGGUGUCACUGGCUAUGACACAGACAGCAGCCAAGACUCGAGGGACAAAGGAAGUAUCAGCAGCAGCAGAAGCCGAAGUAAAGGCUGGAAGCCCAUGCGGGAGACACUCAAUGUAGACAGUAUUUUCAGCGAGGCUGAGAAGAGGCAGCAUAGCCCAAAACAUAAAGCAAAUCUAAACAGUAAAUCUAAGCAUGAAAAAGAGCGGAGCUUUAACCACUGGCCAAAAGAGAACCAAGUCCAGAAAGGUUUAAUGACUAUAUACGAAGAUGAAACAAAACAGGAUACAGGAAGUCGAAGUUCUUUGGAUUCAGAGGGAAAAGGAAAUGCUGAAAAAAACAAAGGAUUUACAGAGAGAAAAAUCCAUGGUGAUAACUGGCAAAUGCAGAGGACAGAAUCGGGGUAUGAAAGCAGUGAUCAUAUCAGCAAUGGAUCUGCAAAUCUGGACUCUCCUGUUAUUGAGGGGAUCAGCCCAGCGGAUGUCAAGAACAUUAAAGAAAGUGUUUCCUGCAGUGACCAGAACUUGUCAACUAGGAAAACUGAAAACAUCUUACAUUCUGCAUCCCAGCAGAGCAGAAACUACUAUGACUUGAGGAAAGACCAGAUAAAUGCAGAAGUUAGCUACAGACCUCAUGUUAACUUCCCAACAGAAUUACAUUUUCAGAUGCCUAGUCCUCCAGUGAAGAGAGCUGACAGGCCUGAGACCAAUAGGAAACUUUUCCCAUCAUCAGCUCUACUACCAGUUUUUAAAGACCACAUUAGGACAGAAAGUAGGAACAAAGCAAACGAACAAAACACUUCAGAGUGGCUUAAUCCAGACAAGUUUGAGAAGACAAAUGUGCCAGUAUAUUGCACCGACGGCGUAGCCCGCCCUUACACAGAAAACAUCUGUGGAAGGAGGCUGACCACCAAUGACUUUCACUCCUCUUCUCAGCCGCAGCCUCAUCCUGCAAGAACUUUUGGCCCCAAGUUGGGCUUGUCGCCUUUGGUGCCCCAGCACCUGUCGGACCUGCCUGCCGAGCUCCCCGCUCCCAGCGAGCACGCCGGGCACCCGCUCCGAAGGGGGGAUGCACACUGGGUGCCUGAAGCUGUUUACCAGAAUCUCCCUCCCCCUUUACCUCCAAAGAAAUAUGCUCUGAAUAUUUUGCCAGGAUCAGAAAAUAGUUCAGCAGCAGAUGUAAAAUUGACAGAUGUCUUGCAAAAUAAUCUCGGAAUGCAAGCAGCUACACCUUUAAAACCUACAUCAGAAGCAAAUGUAUUUACAAGCGAACAAAGGUUUAAAGAGCCAUUCCAAGGGAAUGAGCUGCUUGUUCAUAAACCAGAUUCACCACCUAGCUUAUCAGUUAAUGACUUUUGGACUGUGUCUGAAAACUUUCUAAAGAAAGGAUCCUGUCAUGCAGGACCAAGUGCUAGCUAUGCAGAUGCAAACGACAAUGUAUCUCUAACGACUUACUUCUCAGUGGAUAGUUGUAUGACUGACACGUAUAGGAUGAAAUAUCAUCAGCGACCCAAGCUGUAUUUUACAGACGCUGGAGGCUUUCACAAAGAAAAGCACCCUCCCUCAACUGGACCAGAACUGAGUGCUACCUACCACACCACUCUUGGGCCCGGUCAUCCCACAUCUGAGCAGAGAUACAAGGCAAAUGUAGAAGGCAUACACUGCAGUAGAUAGAAAAGAAAUUAUCUGGAUCUGACUGUUGCAUUUCAUAUAGUUUAUAUAUGGAUGGGGACCUUGAGUCUGCUUGUGUCAUAAGCAAGAUAUCAGCAACUGGGGACCUGCUUUGGAGCUAGGACUGUUUCAGUGAAUAUGCAAGUAGAGGUGAAGAGAGGAGAAGAGGUGCUAAGCUCACGGUUCUUUGAUAUGUUACUCUUGUUGCCUUAAUGUUUACCUCCAUU